AUACGAUGAAAGCUGGAGUGGCCUGGAAGAUAGUACACGAGUCGUGUUUCGCUGAAAAACGGCGUGAUUUUUACCUUUGUUCAGUGAUAAAUAACGCGACUAGCCAUGUAAUUCCGGUAGCUGAGCGAGGGAAGGUUAUCAUGGCAUGGGCGUGACAUAAGCUGGGUCUUCAUCUCGGUGGCCCGGGUCAUGGGCGGAGUGUUGGAGGAAUGGUGGGGGUGGUGUGCUCGACCAGGUCGUCUGCCCAGAGCCGCCCCCCUCACCAUUCUCGUCACUACGGUGCUCACCAUCAUCUCCCUUCUCUUUCUCCUCAACGCCAGAGGAUUAAGUCGGCAUCCUACACCUCGUCAGGUGUGGGAUCUAGAGGACCACGACUUCGCAGGGGCGCCGCAGCACCACCCAGAUCUUGUUUCGUACAUCCGGCAGCUGCACCUGGUUGGCCCGUCCCCCGGUCCUUACAACCUCAAGAAUCCCGAUGUUCUGGACUUCUCUCAAAAUGGACAGAGCAAGCAAAUUGAGAAGAUUCUUCAUGGAAAACAUGGCGGUUUCUUCGUGGAGGCCGGUGCUUACAAUGGAGAAGAACUGAGCAAUACAUUGUACCUGGAACGACAGCUGGGAUGGACUGGACUUCUUGUUGAGCCUGAUCCCUGGAACUUCUGGACUUUGAAAAAGAGGGGUAGGAAGUCCCAUGCCGUCCAUGCGUGUCUCUCUCCAAGUCCGUUUCCAAAAGAAGUCACUUUCAAGCAGAGUGACACUAUGGGACACAUAGCAAGUGGCAGUGAAGAGAAACAUCACCAGGGGAUUUUUACAAGGGUGAAGUGCUUUCCCUUGUAUUCGCUACUCCUUGCACUCAACACAACCACCCUUGAUUUACUCUCUUUGGACGUGGAGGGUGCAGAAUUACAGGUCCUAAAAACACUUCCCUGGAACAAGGUCACGAUUCACGUGGUGUGUGUUGAAUACAAACACGUACCUGAAGGAGGGGCUUCACUCACAUCUUUUCUACAGGAGAGAGGUUAUGCCCUUCACUCCACCGUAGGGGAUGACCUCAUCUUUGUAAGAAAAGAAUUAAUGGAGGGACAUAGCAAGGAGGGAAUAUUAUAGCAGCUUCUUAUGAUGUAGGAUUUGCUACUUCAAAUGGCAUUUUGUUUUAUUAGUAUAUGAUGCUUUGUUGGCUUAUAUUUAUUUUGCUCGUUGUAUAGUACAGUGUAGUUUAUAAAAGGUUUGUGAAUAAUUUAAGCAGGAAUCCAAUAUAUUUUUAUAAGGCUUCAUGUCAGCAUGAAGUAUUAUUUGGAACUUGGUGACACAUUUUGCAUUGCUAGAGUUCUGUUUUAUAGUAAAAUGGGAAAACCCUUAUAAAAAAAUAA